AUGGCAACAGAAACUUUGACUCUUAACAGCGAGACCGCUGAUGCUCUGGCACAGUUGCAAUACCCGCGCGAACCGCUCAAGUUGUCAGGCGCUCUUGAUCAGUACAAGUCCUUCGAUGUCACCCCGGUAAUUGGUCGAGAGUUCGUCGACGUCAAUUUGAAGGACUGGCUGAAUGCUCCUAAUUCUGAUGAUCUCAUUCGAGACCUUGCGAUUACCAUUUCGCAGCGUGGUGUAGUCUUCUUCCGUAAGCAGGAUGACAUCAACAACGAUCUCCAAAAGCAGCUUGUGCAGCGCUUGGGUGAGCUGUCCGGUAAGCCCGAGACAUCGAAGCUACAUAUUCACCCUGUUAUCAAUGCCGGUCGACGUCUUGGUGGCGGCGAUAACGAGAUCAGUGUCAUCAGCUCCGAGCAGGCAAAGGAAAUUUACAAGAACAAGUUCCUGAAUUUUGCCGAUCGCAAGCAGAGCGCGAAGGGCGGCUGGCACAGCGACAUUACCUUCGAGAAGAUUCCUAGUGACUACGCACUCUUGAGAUUGACUGAGCUGCCGAAGACAGGUGGAGACACUCUUUGGGCCUCGGGGUACGAGCUGUAUGACCGCCUCUCACCUCCUUACCAGAAGUUCUUUGAGGGUCUCACUGCCACAUAUGCCCAGCCAGGUUUCAAUCUCGCUGCGAAAGAGAAUGGGUUCGAAGUAUACGACAGGCCUCGAGGUGCACCUGAGAAUGUGGGAACCGAGUUGAUCGCUGAGCACCCAGUGAUCCGAACGAAUCCCGUGACAGGCUGGAAGUCCAUCCUCGCUGUUGGCCACCACGUCCAGCAGAUAAAUGGCUUAACAAAGGAAGAAAGCCAGCACGCACUGGACUGGUUUGUUCAGUUGAUUGUUGAAAACCACGACCUACAGAUACGCCAGAGGUGGCAGAACGAGAAUGAUCUUGCUAUUUGGGAUAACAGAAGCGUAUACCAUACUGCGACUUUCGACUAUAAGGGACAGGGGCCGAGGACCGGUCAGCGAGCCGUGAGCUUGGGUGAAAAGCCGUAUCUUGACCCGAACAGCAAGUCUCGUCGCGAGGAUCUCGGUCUCAAUGAUGGAUAA